GUUGUGCAUAGCUGAGUGCCGCGUAUUUGAUGUGCUGCGCCGGUUCUCUCACCAGUAAGAAACCAGAGAUGACCUCACCCGGCAUGCCGCACAGUGGUACUGAAGAAGUCCCACCUUAAGGAGAUUGAAAAUACACUCUGCAGAAGCAGCCACCUGCAGGGGUGUCCUUCCACAGCCAGGGUUUUGACAUCAAGCAGAGAGGAGCAGACAUUCACAGACGGAGCAUCAGACUGAAGUAAAGAUCAACACUGACACGGAAAGCUACUGCAGCUGCAAAUGGAGCAAGUUAAUCAGACUCUGCAGAGUGUAGAAAUCAACUCUACUCGCUGUCCAUCCAUCGAUGACUUCCGGAAUCAAGUUUACACCACAAUCUUCUCCCUCAUCACGGUGAUUGGCCUGGCUGGAAAUGGCUUUGCCCUGGUGGUGCUGAUCCGAACGUACCAUCCUAAUUCUCCUUUCCAAUUCUACAUGCUGAAUCUCAUUGUGUCCGACCUGUUGCUCGUCAGCACUCUGCCCAUGCGGGUUGUUUAUUACGUCAACAUAGGACAAUGGAACCUGGGCGAUUUCCUAUGUCGCAUUAGCUCCUGGUCCCUUUAUGUCAACCUCUACUGCAGCAUUUACUUCAUGACGGCCAUGUCCGUGACACGUUUCGUGGCCAUUGUCUUCCCGGUGCAGAACAGACUGAUGGUGACAAUGAAAUGUACGCGCCUGGUUUGUGUGACUAUUUGGAUUUUCAUCUGUCUCGUAUCGUCCCCCUUCCUCACCUUUGGCCAGAAAUUUGAUCCAUUAACUAAUAAGACAAAGUGCUUUGAACCUCCGAUGGGUCAAAAUGUGUCAAAAGUAUUCUUAUUGAACAAUUUGUCUUUAGUGCUGGGUUUUUUACUCCCUUUUCUUAUUAUACUGCUCUGCUAUGCUGGAAUUAUUUACACCUUACUUUACCGCACAAUGGGGGUGGGGCGUCAGCAGGAGACAGGCCCAAAAGCCAUUCGAUUGAUCGUCAUUGUCUUGCUGACUUUCUUAUUUUGCUUCACACCAUAUCAUGUGCAACGCUCCGUUCAUUUACACUUCUUGUCGCGGCCUCACACUUCCUGUUCUCAAACGGUUUCUAUGCAGAAGUCAGUUGUAGUGACACUGUGUCUCGCAGCAGCCAAUACGUGCUUUGACCCGUUGCUUUACUUUUUCUCUGGAGAAGCUUUUCUCAAGCGUCUUUCUUCUAUGCGCCCGUCACGAUCAACUGGCACCCAUAACAACUCUGUAAGGCAAAAUACAGAAACUGAAAAUAACCAACAGCUCAAUGCCACUGCUUGUAUACCCAAUGGACAAUGACAUGCUGAAAAAGGUUUCUCAAAAAAAAAAAAAAAAAAAAAAAACCUCACCUCAAACUGGUUACCACUCAAUCCCUGGGGGAAAAAAUUCUUUGAGAAGGGGGCUGUUAUGGGAGGUCACGCUGUAAAAAAAAAAAAAAACGACAUUCAAAUAAUGUGGGGGGGGGACCAGUAAUUGUAAAAUAAGUUUAACGGAUUGUUUGUAUGUUUCCAAUCAAAUAAGGAUGUGUAUAGAUGAACAAAAAUAUCAUACUUACCAUUAGAAAGUACAACCACCUCCACCAAGGGCGUAGGUUUGUUCUCAACAUUGGUAGAGAUGAUAUAACGGCAUAACUCGCAUGUACACUUACUGGGGACGGGAGAUUAAGAAGACCAAACAGAUUGGGUGAAUGGGGGUCAGAGCUACAUUUCUCAAGAAUAUGAACCUAAUUAAUUGAUAGGCUAAAUGAUUAAUGCAAAAUAAAUCUGUAUUGACUUAUAAUAACUUUCAUAUGUAUUGGUUCAGGUGAUACAAUAUAACUAAAAAAAAAAAUUUGUAAGUGGGGAUUAACAAAAUAAAUAAUUAAAUGGAGGUUUCACGACAGUUCUCACAUAAAGGAGGACACUUUUCUCAAAGCAGCUUCCUACUUGAGUUUUGCAGGUUAGCAAAUUCACACAGUUUAAUGUUGUGCCAACUCUGAUGCAGGUUGGACUUUCAGUAGUAAAUUUAGUGGUGUGUCCCCCUCCUCCACAACAUUGACGUCUUUUUACAUUCCCUACAGUGGCUGCUGCUGGCCGGAAAAAAACAAAAAACUUGCAAUAUCCCUCCUCUUCGAUAGGGGCGGAGGAGGCGGCAUGUUGUGUUUCUGUCAGGGCUGUGAGUGCGUGUGUUGUGUCAAGUCAUCAGCCAAUCAAACUUAUGUUUGAGGAAAAAAAUGGAGGGGCACAUUCAGCAAGUUAAAAGGGAUAAAUGUAAGUCUGAGCAUAAUGACAAUAAUCUAAAUUACCUACAUCACUGAACUAUAAUAGGUAAUAUAAUAAAUAUAUAAUAUAAUAAACUAUAUAAUGCAAAUAAUGUUGCUUAAAAGUUGGUGGGGACAAUUUGAGCAUCCCGAAAAAUUGGUAAUGUAAUGUCCUUACCGUCCCUAUGCAAACCUACGCCCUUGACCUCCACCUAUUUUCAGGGUUUCAGAAGCAUUUGUUAUGGAGCCAAACUGUAUAUCAUAUGACUAAUUGUAACAAUGUGUUAAUCGUAUUGUCACUUGUUAAUCUGGUCAUUUUAGCCGUUUCUGCCAAUUACACACCUACUGUUAUUAAUAUCAUCGGCAUUAGUGUGAAUACUGUGAAUUUGUGUUACUGCCAUGUUUUUGCUUGUGUCAUGCACACAUGAAGAUAGGAAGGGGAUGAACAUGCUGUAUUUGCAGUGAGUGUGUGUGUCCCCAGGGCCUGGGUCACAUGGCUGAAUGUAUAGUGCAAGGGUUAACAUCACGGGGCACAAGGUAGGACCACAUGAGUUGAGGGCCUGUUGAAAAAUAUAGCCGUUUCUAGAAAUGUUGUACAAAUUAUGCUUUGAAAUUGGAAA